AUGGCGCGGCGCGCGACGCCCCGCCUCUGCCCGCCGCCGGCUGCCGGCCUGGCCGCGCUGCUGGCCGCGCUGCUGGCCGCCGCGGGCGCGCUGCAGCCGGGCGGGGUGGUGCGGGUGCCGAAGCGCCUGGCCGCGGAGCGCCUGGGGCUCGCCGUCGACGAGGACAUCGACUGGGAGACCGAGUACGGCAUUCGGGAAGCCAGGAGGCAGACGCCCGCCAGCCAAGAGAAGCUCGUCGUCAACUUCGACAUCUCCGCGCGAGAGGUGAGGCUCGUCGGCGUGUGGAACGACGUCACUGGGGACCUGGACGAGGUGGACGAGGUGCUCGAUACCAGGGACGCCCUGGACCGAGCCCAGAAGCUGGGGCUGGACCUGGUGUGUGACGGCGUUAACUAUGAUCCCCCGCACGCCUACUUCGUGUUGGUCUCGCAGUACCCCUUCGUGAAGGCGCGGCUUCUCAGGAAGGAGUCGUCUCCGCACAAGGUGAAGGAGACGCGGCUCGCUUACAACGUCGGCGACGCCGACCUCAUGCAGAAGGCGAAGCUCAUACAGAGGUGGGUGCGGGAGGGCUUUCAGGUCCGUGUCAGGGUGCUGAUGCCCGGGACGACCAACCGGGGCGACAGGGGCGCGGGGACAGUUGCGCGACCGCUGGAGAAGCGGCAGGGGGCCGGCGGUGCGGACGAGCAGGCGCAGAGGCUGGUGCGCCGCGUCCGGGAGGUGGUCGCCGAGGUCGCGAAGGCGCCGAGCGCCACCCGUGGCGGCCCCGCUGCGAUCAAAGACCUCAGGGGUGACCUGGUCAUGAUGCUCAGCGCGGGCUCGGACCCGGCCGUGCUGAAGACGCUGGGCAGGCAGGGGCGGCGGCCUCCACCGCUGCCCGAGGCCGGGGGCCGCAACUCCGUCCUGGAGUGGACGCGGGAGAUGUCGGAGGGCCGCAUCUGGACGAGGCGGACGAUCCCCAACCGCCCGACCUACGGAGUUUCGCGCGAGGAGCUGGCCGUGCAGCGGCUGCAGCAGAAGGACGAGUCCAAAUCCGUGGAGCAGCUCGAGGAAGACAUGGCGAUCAUGAGGGCGUGGCUGCUGAAGUGCGGGUUCAAGCGCCACGAGAUCAACGAGCAGGAGGAGAUCGCGGAGCUGCACACGCGCUUGGCGGCUGCCCGGGCCCGGGAGGAGGCGAGCGCGUGAGCAUGCGCGCGCGGGCCGCGCGAGGCGCUCCCGCGCCCUCGCGCUCCGCAGAGGCCGCCGCCCAGCCCGCCGCCCCGCCGCGAAGCGCCGAGACGCGGCGGCCAGCGCUGCGGGCAGUGUCGGGCUCCUCCGCUGCGAC